AUGUUCAGCGUGCCGCCGCCAGGAAGCAUGGCUAUGCAGCAGCAGCAGCACCCGCACAGCCAGAAGAUGGACUUCUGGGCCGCGACCACGACACUUACGCACGCCAUGCCCGCGAGCCAUGGCGGUAUCCAGACGGCCACAACCACAGCUACGGAAGCCGCGACCCUCAGCCUGUUCGAAUCCAUCAUCACCGCGUAUCCGCCCAUUCUCGAAUCGCUCCUCGCUCAGAUCUCCACCGUUACGCUCCUCCAACUGUACCACACGUCACGACACCUGCGCGACUUCCUACGCAAGUACCCUCUAGCCUGGAAGACGCUUUCCUUCCGCCUGCCCCAACCCGCCGUCACAGUUGGGUCGCCAGGCAAUGAGACGCCAGAGAACCGGGACCGGCAGUCCAAAGCCUACUCGUUCGAUGCCCUACUGAAGCAAAUCAUAUCGCCAAACGGGACACGGCUAACCAGUAUCGACUUAUGUAAUACUGCCGUGACUGGCAUGGCCCUGAGCGGGAGUGUGCUCGGCCCACGCGUUCACACCCUCCAGCAUCUGUCCGUACGAGGGUGCAAGAAUGUGUCGAUCAAAUACCACAUUGUCCCCUUUCUCGAGGUAUAUACACUUGGAGGGCCGUGGAUGAGGAAAGACCUCGCACUCAAGAGCCUCUAUACCUACCGCUGCCGACACCACCGCCGGCGACCCUAUCUCCCCUCCUCUCUCAUCCGGAGAGACUCCGACUCGGACCCCACCCACCAGCUUAUUGAGAUAUGUCACCAGCUGGGCAUUUGGACGGAUACCGCAUGGUGUCCAACCCCAGGCGGCAGGUGCUUCCGAAGAAAAGACUACCAUGCAGGAAGGGCUGGUCCCCAGAACAUGGAGGUUUGGGUGCCUUUUGACAGGCUGUGGCGAUCAAGCAACCGCAUAGGGCCAGUCGAAGGCACAAAAAAGCUGGGUGAUCACGACGGCAGGCUGUGGGAGAUUGCUGAGACGGGACAAGAUGGCGAACCACUGGGGCCGGGGGAUGGAAACUUUGCAGGAGAAGGCAAACAUGUCCCAGUGCAUGAGCGACGAAGCCACACUGCCUUUGUUGAAGAGAUCAAAUGUGCUCAAUGCAGCGAUAGCAUCUUGGAGAGGUGUGAGUCAUGCAGUGUCCGUAUGCAUUGCAUGGGCUGCCGGAAGACGCUCUGUGCCAGCUGCGCUUUCAACAGACCGAUACCGAGGAAACGAGUAAAGACACGGCACUUUGCGAAUCUGGCUUUCGGCAGCAGCAACACUUUGGGAGGCGCACUCGGCCAAGCAUCAGGAUCCUCGGUACCCCUGGAAGACAGAAGUCAAGACGACAAGAUUGAUCGGAAUCGCUUCUGGUGGGCCCCGGGCGCAACUCGAUCCCCAAACCUGAUGAAUGAGAGUGCACACGAGGACGAUUCGUCCGAUUCAGAAGACGGCGGAAAUAUGCACAACGGCAUGCCUGUACCGCCUGCCAAUCGGGAGCCUCCAAAGCUCAACAUGCACUGGUGUUGCUUGGAGCCCAUAUUCUCGGGCGGUGGUGGUAUUGCUGUCUUGGGCCCUGGACUAGGUGGCAGAGGGGCGGAUAAGAUACGUGCAGCACCCCUGCCACGCCUGAAAGAAUACGAAGAUCCGGAUUUCAGCAAUACACUCCGACCCGUCGACUACAUCCGAGAAUUGAAAAACAACGGCCUCUACGAGUACGUACUUGGUGAAGAUGUUGACAUUCUGUCAUAUCUGAAGCAGGACUCGCUUGAUCUCCAACAACAGACAUGUCCGAGGGGUUUAUGCAACGACUGCUAUCGAAGCUUCAGGUGGAAGGUAUCAUGUCGAGCUUGCAAGAACCCAAUAUGCAAAGAGCACGACUUUAGGGCGCUCAAGAUCCAGAACGCACACUACUGCUCUUCGACACACAUGGACUUUUACUCCACGGGCGACAACGAAUCAGAGUCUUCUGAGACGCCAAUGUCACAGUCACAUAUUCUAGCUGCAGCUCCUCAUAACUCCUCCAUCGAAUUGUCGACCUCCAACUCAUUCAACGUCAUCCCGGGCUCAGAUCCUUUCCAACUUGCGACGUCAUUGUCUUUCGUUCCCGUAAGCUCCGCUCGACCACGAUCCUUCAGCGUAUCCGGUGUUCGUGGACGACCCACUAAUGUUUGGUCUCCAAAUGCACCACGUGCGCCUGAGACAAUAGACCGCAAUGUCCGGCGAUUCUCAAAGAGUGCUCCGAGUGUGCAGUCCUUGUUUGCGAUCAAUGUGCCGCAUCAAAUCCGACCUGCACAAGCCGAGAUCCAAGCCAAGAAAGAUGCUGAGCGGCGCAAGAUGGAGAAACUGCAGAGGGACCAGGAAGAGCGUGGACAAGCAGACGAGCUGGCCGGCGCCAUGUACGAAUUCUUCGCAGCAGUAUAUGAUGACGACGCCAUUGUGGAUGACAUGACAACCCUCAACGCUCCUUCAGACUCAUUGACGCCCGACUUGCCUAUUCCGAGCCCAGACUCCAUCACUGUAACGACGGAAUUUGGAGUCCAUGAAGAGCCAGCCAACUUGACAACCAUUACUUCUUCUGGACCCUCGUCUUUUCACACGGCUUACGACCAUUCCGACGACGAUGAUAACAACGUCGAGAUGACUGAGCAUCUGCAAGAAAACAUAGAGACACUUCACCAAGAGCUGGCACAUAUGCAUGUAUCUCCUGUUACGCAUGUACACGCCAUGGGCAUAUAUGGUCCUCAUCUGCUGGUCCAUUCCGCGCCGCCCGAGCAAGUGCAAACUGAAGCAGAGGGCGAGGACGAAGAGAUUGACCAUGUCAACGACACAGGCGAGGAAGCGGAUAUCGAUACUGACGGUUUCGAUGCCGGUGCCGAAACGACGUUUGUCGACGAAUUCGGCGACGAUGUCGUGGGCGGUGGUGGUGGUGUACUCACGCCUACGACUACCAUUACAGCCUGA